AUUUAUUCUAUGUAGAAGCAAUUUGUGAUUGUUGUGUUGUGAAUCAAAACGAAUAAAAAAGAAAAAAAAAACCCAGUUACUCGCGUGCAUUGAACGCAAAUCAAUUCUAUUUCUAAGAAAAUAAAGUGAGAAAAAAAUGGCUUCAGUGUCACAAGAAGAAAAUGAUAAUCUGCCAGUGAAUAACAGUGAUAUUGGCGAUGCAUUUGGCUAUGGAAGCAGAAAUGCAGUGUCUCCUCUUCCAGGACCUCUUCGUUUGGCACCAACCGAGCGUUAUGCGACCCAUUAUAAUAUGAGUCAUGUAAAACGAGGAGUAGCGUUAAUUUUUAACCACGAAUUCUUUAAUGUAAGCCAUUUAAGACAACGUUGUGGCACAAAUGUUGAUUGUGAAAAUUUCGUUAAUACACUACGUAAUCUUGGCUUUGAAGUAAAUGAUUUUCACAAUUUGGCACAUCGUGAUAUUAUAAAGAAUUUAGAAAGAGUCGCAGAAAUGGAUCAUUCAAAUCAUGAUUGCGUGCUCGUCGCUGUACUAUCACAUGGCGAAUUGGGUUUACUUUAUGCCCAUGACACACCAUAUAAAGCUGAUUCAAUUUGGAUGCAUUUUACUGCUGACAAAUGUCCUUCAUUGUCUGGUAAGCCAAAAUUAUUUUUCAUUCAAGCUUGUCAGGGUGACAAACUCGACGGUGGAAUAACACUUAAAGAACGAACCGAAACCGAUGGAAUGCCUCACAAUACAUUCCGUAUUCCAAGUCAUGCUGAUUUUUUGAUUGCUUAUUCCACAAUUCCAGGAUUCUAUUCCUGGAGAAAUACAACUCGCGGCUCUUGGUUUAUGCAAGCAUUAUGCACGGAAUUCCGUGAAAAUGGAAAUCGUUAUGAUCUUUUGACAUUAUUAACAUUUGUCUGUCAACGUGUUGCUCUUGAUUAUGAAUCAAAUACACCAGACAAUGCUAGUAUGCAUCAACAAAAACAAAUUCCAUGCAUUACAUCAAUGCUCACUCGAUUGGUGAAAUUUCCACAAAAACCAACAAAUGGAAUUUCUUCAUAAAAUAUUAAUGAUAAUUGAUCACAAUUUUUAUUUUGUUUAAAAAAAACAAAAACAAAAUUAAUUAAUUAAAAUUUUACAAAAAAUGUUUUCUCAAAUUUCCCAGUGGCAUGAAAAUAAUAUUGGUAUUUUUAUUUGAAAGAAAAAAAAAAUGGUAAUCUUUUAUUUAUAAUUUUCAAAAUAUCAUUCAUUAUUUUAGAAGUUUUCUUUCAUAAAAAGAAAACAAUUUUUUUUUUUUGCAAUAAAUAUCUAAAUGUGAAAGUAAAAGUUGUAUUUCAACUUAUAAAAUUAUAAAACUAUAAACUUUAAACCUUUAAGGUUGAAAAUAUUAUAAAAGUUUACCAAUGUCUUUCAUCUUCAUUAAAGGAAGAAUAAAAAUGUUUGAAGAUAAAAAAAAAAGAAGUAGAGUGAAGAUUUAAAAUUUGCAAAAAUCUUCUCUAGAAAUAUACCGAAUUAUUUCACGCUUCAAUGUCUGUAUUGCCAUAAAAUUUAAAUAAUUAUUAUACAAUUAUAUAUUUAUAUUAUAUAUAUAAAUAUAUAUAUAUAAAUUUUAGAAACAUUUUUAUUAGUCGUAAUUGCAAUUGAUAUUUCGUCAUUAAAUUGAAAAUCUUAAAAUAUAUGAUCAAAGAGUAGAGAAUUGAAUCUUUGAGAAAAAAAAUAUUCUUCAUCUUCGUAAAUUUAAAUUUAAAAGUAAAAUAAAAUAGUGCAAUUAUAAUGUCAAUUUUACGUAAUACUCGUAAAUUGUGAUUUUCUUAAAUGGUACAGUAAUAAUUUUUUUUACUUUUUUUGUAUACAACUUUCUUU